AUGGGAGCCGGCAACGUACACCAAACGGUCGUCGAUCAAGAGAGAUUUGAACCACAUCGACGAUCUAUGGUAAAUAAACGAUCUGUCGUCGACGAGAUUGACGAAGAUCUACUGACAUGCCCUGUUUGUUUGGAGCGUUACAAGAAUCCAAAGACUUUACCUUGUCAUCAUUCCUUCUACAUUAUUAAAGAACACGAAAUACAGCCAUGUCAUGGGACAUGCCAUGGUUGUUUGGGAAAUCCAUCAACAAACAGGUGUGUAGACUGUGCUAUGGAUUUGUGUACAUCAUGCACCAACGCUCACAGAAAAAUGCCAGUAAGUCAACAUCAUCGUAUUAUGAAUAUCGAGGAGUUUAAAAAGGCCAAGUUAAGUGACAAAUCGAUAGUCUUGCCUGCAGUUUACUGCACUUCUCAUAUGAACAAAUUUAUUGAACUUUACUGUGAGAAAUGCCAAAUACCAAUCUGUCAUUUAUGUUUGAGGUCAAAUCACAAAGGUCAUACAGUGAUUGAUUUGCAGGGGACUGCAGAUAGAUUUUGUAAGAUGACAACAGAUCACAUACAACUCUUGAAAGCAAAACAAAGUGAAGUAAAACAAAGCAAAACAAGUGCCACUAAACAAUCAGAAGAAUUAAAAAAACAACAUUUGCAUCGAAAACAACAAAUAACGAAACAUUCACAAGAAACUAUUGAGAAAUUGAUAAAAAUAAUAAAACAGGAAGAAAGCAGUCACUUGACUAAAUUAAAAACUGAUUAUGACAGAAUGAAUGAAGAGAUUAACAGACAAAUGCACCAGUAUGAAACAACUGAGGAACUACUGACAAGUACAAUAACGUUUAUAAACAAUUUAUUACAAUAUAGCAGUGCUGCACAGCUGAUGAAAACUAGUAAAGAAACAACAAAUCAACUGGAAACUCUGAUGUCACUUGAUACAACAUGGAAUGAUAAAAAUAAUUCACUUCCACAGUUUUAUCCUGGUGACAUCACACUGCAAGGCAUGCUGGGAAGAUUUCAGUCUAUGAAGGAAUGGGAGAGUUCAGAUUAUAGAUAUCUAUGGUACACCAAAGUCACAGUUACAAUUUACAGAAUACAUGUGUAUAGUAAACCAGUCAGACCCAUAGAUGUAGCAGUAGCAGUAGAUAAUACAUACUUCAUUACAGAUAGGCCAGUGGCACAAUAUGAAGGAAAUAAUCAGGUGAUUGUAUGUAAUCAAUAUGGGAAGGUUAUAAAGUGUUUUGGUGGAAAAGAAUUACAGAGUCCACGUGGAAUUGCUAUCAACCAUAAUAAUGGCAUUGUAUAUGUGGUUGAUAGUGAUGCACAUUGUAUAAGAUUAUAUGAAAUAAUAGGUUACAAGUAUAUUAAGUCAGUUGGUAGUGAGGGUCAAGGGUCAUGUCAGUUCAAAUACCCACAGUUCAUAGGUAUUAAUAGCAAGGGAUGUCUAAUAGUUUCAGAUGCACGGAACCAUCGUAUUCAGGUUCUCACAUCUGAUGGUGUAUUUAUGUUUGCAUUCAGUGGUUGUCCAAAUGAUGAGUUUGAAGGCCCCUGUGGAGUUACUACUGAUUAG